AUUUUUGUACAGGCAUAUUUACGGACAGCUCUACAGUUGUAAACAAGGGUCCUUUAAUGUGUGGCGCACGUUUUGUAUGGUCCUUCGUUUUCGGCAACAGCGUCCUCUUGACAACUGAAAACACCACUGUCUGCCAGAAAGGUGGCCGUUGUGAGAUGGCUUUGUGGUAACUGCAUGAAGUGCAGUGAUGUCUCGACCUGCUCCGUGCCCAAUCUACACCCUGAGGGGCGCCGGUGGACCCAUCAACACCCUUCACUUCAGUUGCCAUGGAGGAGACACUCCUCUCCUGUUCUCUGGAUCAGGGAAGGGUGCCAUUCAUAUGUGGAAUCUGAGCAUCAGGAGAGCAGAGAGAAUUGUAGAAGGUCAUUCUGGAAGUUCAGUCAUCUGGGUCAAUACACUAUCCUCGACAGAUACACUCAUUAGUCAGGGACGGGACAUGAGGGUCUGUCUGUGGGAUCUGGGUCGAGGUCGCAGUGAGCUUGUGGACUCUCUGAGUACAGGCAGCGUUGGAUUCUGUCAGUGCUCCUUGCUGGAGACAGGAUCGAGGACUUGCCUGCUCGCCUUUGCGGGUCAACAAACAGAGGAGAUCAAUAUUGUUGAGCUUCCCAGUAAGACUCCAGUUUGCACCCUGGUACCCAAUGCAAAGUUGGGGAUGGUCAUGUGUGUCAAGAUGUGGCAGCCACACUCAGGUGGACCCAUCUUGCUGGCCGGAUACGAGGAUGGAUCCCUGCUGUUAUGGGACAUAACCCAGAGGUCCAAGUUGAGUCAAACCAAAGUCCACCAUGAGCCUGUCAUGUGCCUGACCUUCGACCCUGAGGUACUGAGGGGCAUAUCGGGAUCUUCGGAGAAGCAACUGUCCUCAUGGAUCCUGGAUGGGCAGAAUAACCUGCAGCUCCAAGACUGUGUGACUCUAACCAACCCUGGCGUUUCCCAGCUGUGCAUCAGAGGAGACGGUAAACUGUUAGCGUCAGCGGGCUGGGACCAUCGGGUCCGGAUAUUUGGCUGGAAAAAUCUGCGACCUCUGGCAGUCCUGCAGCACCACAACGACAUGGUGCUCAGCGUUGCCUUCUCCGACCACAAGGACCCAAGGCAAAGGCUUCUAGCUGCUGGAUCUAAAGACCAAAGGAUCAGCUUAUGGUCAAUAUACAAUCAAGGACCUGAUACAAAUUCAUGACUUCAGCAUCAAUUCUUUAUCUAAGCAUCUUCUGAUGCAGAACCUUCUAGUAUCAUUUUCAGCUUGAUUUUUGAAUAACAUAUUCGCAAGUGUAAAGAACAGUUAAAGUGGCUUUUCUUUUGAUUUUUUUUUUUUUGCGAUUUUGGUGUACAGGCAGUCCUUGCCUUCUGGCAUUUUUUGGUUAUGCAGGCACACCCAUCAAUCAUUAAUACUGUACAAAAUGAAAAAGAACUAUCUACGCUGCUACAAUGAGGACGAACACCACCACUUUCGGUCAUUUUAGUCAAAGAUAAGUGAAGUGAAUUUAGACAUCAUAAAAUUCUUCGAAAGGGAGAAACGCCAACCAGCAUUGGCUGCAUGCCCGGUCGAAGCCACCCAAAUACUGCGACCAUCAUCAAGGAUUAUGAUGGUAUCUUUGUGAAAGAUCUAUGAAAUGGACAAGGAUAAUUAAGCACGAAUGACGAAUGACUUAAGUGUAAAUCAGGUAUAUCUUCCGACUUUGAAACAAGGAGGAACGGAGCUCAACCGUGCACCAAGGGACACCUGUAAACUAUUUGGAUCAUCUUACUCUGUUAGAUUGGUAAUAUGCCACCCAAAAGAUAAAGUCACAUUUGCAUGACAUUCAAAUCAAAGUUUGAAGUCCUUUUAAAAGCUGAUGUUUAUCAGAAGCUAACUAGGCAUGGGCCGGUUACCGGUUUCAAGGUAUGCUCCGGUAUGAAAGAGUUUCAAAACCGCUCAAAAUGUACCUCAUACCGUCCUACGGUGUGAGAGAAAGAGGAGGUCCGGUGCGGCCACAGUGGAAAUACUUUGUCACGUGCUGUGUUAUUCCUCGCAGUUGGAACUGGGCAUCGAGGUGCUGAAAACAGCUGUGUUGCCAAAAUGUGGGCAACUUAACCGUCGCGACUUAGAUAGCACCGACUUCAGCUGCCACGUUUGCAUCAAGCGGUGCCGGUGUGACGAGAUGGGUGCCAUUGUAGAGUUCCGCAUCCCGUAGCAUGUGGAUUUAGUGUGUAUUUCACAUGGCUUUGCAGUCAAACUCAUGGGUAAUCACGUAACACUAUAUAUAAGUACACUAUAUAUAAGUAACUAUAUAUAAGUACAUUUCUGACAUGUUAAUGUGAAUAUCAACCUAAUGAUUGGUAAAUGUCGUUUAAUCACUUGUAGUGUAAACACAUUUUGAUGCUACACGCUGCAGCGUAAAACAUAUAGUCAAUGACAAAAUACGCUUAUACAGGUAUGGCAUUUAGUGAAAACAUUGUACUCACGUGAAAGAUUUCUUCAAAGGGAUGUACUUCUAGAAGAUUUGCUCCAUUUACAACAGGUUUCCUUGUAUACGCAUGCGCAGUAGCGUGAGGUGGCAGAACCCGGCGUCAUCCCACCGGUACGGCCGCGCUGAUGGAGUCAAGGGUCACCAAAUGUGGAGGUGUGAUUCAGAAGGAGACAGGAGUCGAGGAUAAGUGAUAUAAACUGUUUACUAUCCACUGAACAACAAGAAACAACCACAAUCGGAAGGGAAACUUGGUAGAGCAAUCCAGCAACUCAAAAUAACACAUUUUAUUAUUAUAUAAAUAUAUAAAUAUACAUUUGCCCAAGGUUAUCAUGCCAUCAGAAUCUCAAACCGGCCCAUGCCUAAAGAUAACCCACAAUUUCCAGUUAUUUCACAGUUUAUGCACAGAAGAGCUGGGCAGAUUGAAUUAAAUAGUUAAAGAUUUUAAUCCGAAGCUUUAGUUCUUUUUUUUGAUUGACUUUUUAAGGUGGUAGUUUGCCCAAGCCUAAUGAAACUAUGUGAUUGUUUACUUACCUAAUGUGAGCUCUGCUCCAGUGCACUUGAAUAUGAGGAAUAGGACACACCUGAGCUGCUACGUAAUGUCGUGUUGUUAUCUUAGCGGGUCUUUGCUUAACACAGAUGCUGCGUUCUGACCUGAGCCGUGUUUGUCAAACAAGGUUAAUCACAGCAAGCCUGGAGAGCAGAGAGCUGUUGGCUUCCAGUAUCAGUAGUUCAGCACUAUUUAAUGAUGAAUUGAUAUUUUUUCUCUUCUGCACAUUUACUCUGUACUAUUCAUUUGCAUGUAAUACCAAAUACGGGUGUUUUUUGGGUUUUUUUAGGACCAUUUGUCAUGAGAAUUGUUGUUUUUCUGUCUACAGUCUAAUAAUAUCUCAGAGUCAAUGAGCAGCGCACGUAGAGGACAAAGGCCAUGGCUUCAAACACUGGACAUUCUGCUCCAUAAAGGAUUCUCUCUUGGGAUGACUGAGUUGAGAGGCCCAUCACACUCGACAGGAAAGACCUGAGAAUUCAAAGAGCCCGAGCGAAAUGAUGACUUGUUCCAUAACACAACUGCUGUGGAAAAUAACUGUUGAACUUUAACUGCAUUUUGACCUGUUAUUUUCCCCCAUUUAUCUAUUUCUGUAGGUGGUACACAUGAACGAAAGAGCCGCUGUGGCCUGCAGUGCAUCCUCGCACAUUCGAGAGUCAGCACUCACUAUUUUUUAUCUCCAAAAACAGUUUUUUUUCAGCCGAAAACACAUCACAUUCAUCCAUCCAUCGAUUUUCUGUACCGUGUCUCCUCAUUAGGGUCGUGGGGGUCUGCUGGAGCCUAUCCCAGCUGACUUCGGGCGACAGGCAGUGUACACCCUGGACUGGUCGCCAGCCAAUCACAGGGCACAUAUAGACAAACAACCAUUCACACUCACAUUCAUACCUAUGGACAAUUUAGAGUCGCCAGUUAACCUAACAUGCAUGUUUUUGGAAUGUGGGAGGAAACCGGAGUUCCCGGAGAAAACCCACACACGCACGGGAGAACAUGCAAACUCCACACACGACUGUGUGGCCAACAUGCUAACCACUAGACCACCGUGCGGCCAUCUCAUUCACAACUAAUCAUUUGUAAAUAUGCGAUAAUGCAGGUAGAAUGUACAGCAUACAUGUACCACUGCAUUCUUGCAUGUUUGUGUCUUUAUGCUUCACUGAUAAAGUAUUUUUGUCAAACGUUGAGUUUCCGGGCUAUCAUUGAAAGCACCAAAAGUUUUGCUCAUGAAGCAACUUCUACAGUCAAUCCGGCCUUAACACUCGCAGCUUGUUCAGGGGUGUCCAAACUUUUUCCACUGGGGGCCACAUACAGAAAAAUGAAAGGAUGCAAGGGCCACUUUGUUAUUUUGUAAGCAAACUCAUGUAGAACUUUUCUUCUUAACUAAUGUUUGUAAAUCUUCUUUUUGUAAUGUUAGGAUUUUAUGUUCAUAGUAUUUACACUUUGUUCCCAUUUUUCCAACCAAAUUUUCCAAUAAAAUUCAUUUUAUUUUGUUUUUGUUGUUUCUCAUAAUGUUAUGACUUUUACAAAAAUAACAUUUUUUCUUUAAUAUUUUGGUUCUAUUCUACGAAAAUGACAUUAUUU